AUGCUUCAGGCAAUUCAGGAAAUCGCCAAUGAGCUAGGAGACGAAUCAAUUAGUUAUGAUGAAGAUGAGCUAUUGCGACAUUCUUAUUCAGAAUGGUCAACUUCGAACUCAGAAAAUAGACCUGUAGCGGUUGUGUAUCCGAAAGACACUGAUGAUGUUGUCAAAAUCGCAAAAAUUUGCUCCAACUAUAAAGUGCCGAUGAUACCAUUUGGAGCGGGCUCAAGUGUGGAGGGUCACAUUUCCGCUCCAUGUUCAGGGUUGAGUAUCGACUUUGCGAACAUGGAUAAAGUUGUUGAAUUUCAUCCGGACGAGAAGUAUGGAUAUUGUUGUACAGCCAGCCGUGAAUUGGGAUACAAUUUGACUUCUCUUUUCGUCGGAGCUGAAGGGACUUUAGGCCUCAUUACUGAAAUCACUCUUAAGCUGGCUGUAGUUCCUGAUGCAACUAGUGUCGCAGUUGUCACAUUCCCUUCUGUUGCUGAUGCUGCAACAGCCGCGUCGAAGAUCAUCAGAACAGGAAUUCCUUUAGCAGCCAUGGAAAUUAUGGAUGAAGUACAGAUGCAAGUCAUCAAUAAGAACGGCGGUACUAGUGGAAAAAUGUGGGAAGAACAACCGACAUUAUUCUUCAAAUUUUCUGGAACUGAGCAAGCCAUCAAAGACCAUAUACACCGUGUUCAGAGUAUAGCAAAGCAGUGGAAAGGCGGGGAGUUUCAAUUUGCGCGAACAGAGAAAGAUAAAAUUGUUCUGUGGUCAGCAAGGAAAGAAGCUCUAUGGGCCAUGCUAGCACAACGCCGACCUGGUACCGAGAUUUGGAGUACAGAUUGUGCUGUACCAACGUCGAGGUUAGCAGAAAUUAUAGAUAUUUCGAAACAAGAAUCUGGAAAACUGGGACUUUUUUCUACUGUUCUCGGCCAUGUAGGGGAUGGGAAUUUUCACCAAGCUGUAAUGUAUAACCCGAAGGAUCCGGAAGAGACAGCUGCUGUCAAAAAAUGCGUUUAUGAUAUGCUCGACAGGGCUUUAGAAAUGGAAGGAACAAGCUCUGGUGAGCAUGGCAUAGGACUAGGAAAGAAGUUGGUUAUUAAAUCCAGGAAAGAUAUUUGA